AGAUUCGUGGGUAUCAAGGGAGGCCCUUCUUCUUCGGUUGUGGCGUGUGUGUGUGUGAGUGAGUCCGUGAGUGUGAGUGUGCCGCAGCAAUACUCCUUCGCCGCCCACUCACUCUUCGCAGGAUCCGUCUCGCCCCCUCCUCCCCCUCCCUGUUCAGGCACCUAGUGGCGAUGUAAGCUACAGCUUGAUCCUUUGUACACGUGGGGAUCGGUAGCUGGACUGUUGUGCGAUAAUGAAGACCGCGUUGGAGGGAGGGGUUCUACUGUCCUUAUUAUUGGCAUCAUUUCUUCAAGGGGCUUUUGCUGAUGCUAUUCUAGGAUGCGGUGGAUUCGUUGAGGCCGGCGCAGCUCUUGCGAAGUUGAGGAAACCAUCUGACCCAAAGAUUGACUAUUCUCACAUCACAGUAGAGCUCCGGACAUUAGACGGACUUGUGAAGGAUAGCACUCAAUGUGCCCCUAAUGGGUACUAUUUUGUACCAGUUUAUGACAAGGGUACUCUGAUAGUACAGAUUCAGGGGCCAGAAGGGUGGUUUUUUGAACCUUCUCAGGUCUCAGUAACUGUGGAUCAGAAUGGCUGCAACAACAACGAAGACAUUAAUUUCCGUUAUACUGGUUUCACCCUAGCAGGGAAGAUUCUUGGUGGCGUUGGAGGUCAAAGCUGCGCAGGUGAGGAAGGACCUGCUGGUGUGAAGGUAACCCUUACUACGUUGGAAGGAGGAAACCCAAUUGCGUCCGUAUUAACAACUCCAGGAGGCAGCUAUAAAUUUGAGAAUCUUCUUACAGGGAGUUACAAGAUAGAGGCUUCUCAUCCAGACUUGAAAGUCGAAGCAAAGGGCUCUGAGCAGGUAGAGUUAGGGUGGGGGAAUGGGAAGGUGGCCGACAUAUUUUUUGUAGCUGGAUAUCAUCUGGAAGGAUCUGUUGUAUCUCAGGGCAAUCCCGUGCUUGGCGUUCAAGUAUAUCUUUACUCCGAUGAAGUUCCUGAACUGUUUUGUCCACAAGGGCCUGGCAGCGCUACUCCUUUAUCCAAACCUGCUUUAUGUCAUGCUGUUUCAGAUGCUGAGGGGAAAUUUUCCUUUUCUGGUGUUUCAUGCGGACAGUAUACCUUAGUGCCUUAUUACCGGGGGGAAAAUACCCUCUUUGAUGUUUCGCCUUCAUCCAAGGAUAUUUCUGUGGGUCACGAAUCCGUGAAGCUAUUGGAGGCCUUUCAGGUGACAGGUUUUUCUGUAGGGGGUCGUGUUGUAGACAGUGAAGGUAAUGGUCUCAUGGGGGUGAAAAUUGAGAUUGACGAUACGGAAAGAGCUACGACAGAUUCCGACGGUUACUAUAAGCUUGACCAGGUGACUUUAACACACUAUACAAUUCAAGCCAGGAAGGAGAACUACAAGUUUAGCUCCCUUCAAAACUUUAAGGUCCUCCCAAACAUGGCAUUCAUUCCAGAAAUUAAAGCAACUCACUACCGAGUGUGUGGAUCAGUUCAUGCUGUCAAUCCGAUUCAUGCUCAAAAGCGGCAAAUUGCACUUACCCAUGGUCCAGACGGAGUGAGGCCUCAGACUACCCCCACUGACGAUUCUGGUUCUUUUUGCUUUGAGGUGCCACCCGGUGACUACAGGUUAUCACCUGUUACCACAGCUGCUGAGAAUGCAUCUGGUCUGAUCUUUUCUCCCAUGCACAUGGACUUGACUGUCACGAAACCCGUUCUGGAUGCUGUUUUCACUCAGGCUCAAGUGAGCGUUUCAGGUGUGGUGAAGUGUAAGGGUGCAUGCUCUUCCCAUGUGAAAAUUUCUCUUUCUCCAUCUGGGUCAUUGAAGAAUGAAGUCAGUUUGAAGCAAGUAAUUAGCUUGUCUAGUAACAAGUUCUCUUUUGAAAAGGUUCUACCCGGAAAGUAUACACUGGAGAUUCAACAUAAGACAAAGGGCACUGUUGAAGACGAUGAUUGGUGUUGGGAGCACAAAACUCUGGAAAUUCUCGUGGGGACAGAGGAUGUAACAGGACUUGAGUUUUUGCAAAAGGGAUUCUGGAUGAGUGUCAAAUCUACUCAUGCAGUCGAUGCUUUCCUUUUACAACCUCACAAUGAGGGACUAAAUUUGAAGAUUCAGAAAGGAUGGCAGCAGAUUUGUCUGGGGACACCUGGGGUUCACGAACUUCACUUUACAGAUCCUUACGUUUUCUUUGGUGCUCAUGCCUUCUACUUCGACACUGCAAAACCAUCUCCUUUGGAGUUGGUUGGUCAGAAGUAUUUGCUCUCUGGUGAGAUCCAUAUCGAUUCCGCUUUGUAUGGUGCCGCACAUUUGUUAGAUGACUCUUUGAUCGUCAAAGUUCAAACUCAUGAUGGUCAACUGGUAAACCUCGACAAUCAUCCCCGUCUUGUUUCUGAACCCAAUGACAUGAAUUCGUAUGCGGCGUAUGCGUAUUCUCAUUGGGCGGCGGUGGGGGAGCAACUGACCUUCUCUGCUCACCAUAGAAGAGAGGAGGAGAGCUCAUUGCCACAAAUACUAUUCUACCCUAGGAAACAUCAUGUUCAUGUGACAGUGGAGGGAAAACAGCCGCAAAUUCCAUUAUUUCAAGGGCGUCCUGGAAUAUAUGUGAAGGGCAGCGUUACUCCUGCUUUGGAUGAUGUUAAAAUUACUGUUGUGUCUGAAAAACAUAGUCUAGCUGGAGGAUUGAAAGCAGGGGAAGUUGCAGUAUCUACUGUUACUGGUUCGGAUGGGACAUACGUGGCAGGACCUCUUUAUGACGAUACUACAUAUAUUACUCGGGCUGCUUUGGCUGGUUUCCACCUCAAAUCACUUGGGGACAAUUCGUUCUCUUGCCAAAAACUUGGUCAACUUCUUGUAACAAUUACCCCUGGCGAGGGCGCUGAAGAGAUUCUUCCAUCUGCUUUACUCUCAUUAAGUGGGGAAGAUGGAUAUCGGAAAAACGCGGCAACCACCCCUUCGGAGGCUUAUGCAUUCACAAACCUGUUCCCUGGGAGUUUUUACCUACGCCCACUACUGAAGGAAUAUAGUUUCACACCAUCAGCAUUAGCAAUUGAACUGGGUUCGGGAGAGACCAAACACAUAUCAUUCAGCGCUCGUCGUAUUGCUCACAGUGUCUUCGGAACAGUUACUUCGUUAUCAGGAAAGCCAGAGGAGGGAAUCACCUUGGAAGCCCGGUCUGUAUCUCGUGGAUACUACGAAGAAACUGUCACAGAUUCAGAGGGAAAAUAUAGGCUUCGCGGUCUUCUACCCAGUACCCAAUACAUCAUUAAAGCUGCUCUUAAAGUGGAUAGACCAGGUCUGAACAAGAUUGAGCGCUCCUCUCCAAAUGGGACUCUUGUUGAGGUAAAUUUUUCUGAUAUUAGAGGAGUAGAUUUUGUUGUAUUUGAGGAGCUGCCAACUACGAUAGUCACAGGUGUGGUUGAAGGCGCACAGUUGGAGAGGUUGCAACCAAACUUGAGAGUGGAGUUUUCAUCAACCACUGAACCACGUAGAGUAGAACGAACAAUCAGCCUAUCUCUUUCUUUCUUCUUUGAAGUCCAAGGACUCCCAAGGGGAAAAUAUAUUGCUAGGCUUCUAUUCGAUCGUAACGAGCGAUCACAUAAGUUUGUUACAGACGCAAUUGAAGUAGAUUUGGAGACCUACAGUACAGCACACAUCGGACCUCUUCGUUAUACUGCGGAAGAGCAAUUCAACAAACAGGAAUUGGCCGCUGCGCCUGUGGUGCCGGUUGUGGUGGGAGUUGCGGUUAUUGCACUCUUCGCAAGCAUGCCAAGAUUGAAAGAUGGGUAUCAAUGGGCCAUUGGUGGUGGGGCUGCUGCUGGCAUGAGUGCUGUGAAGAAAGAGGCAACAGUCCGCAAACCUAACGCACGGACUCGCAGAACUUUUUAGUUCGACAUCAUUUUGGACUUUAGUUGUAGUGGUUGUACAUGGCUUGGUAUGCAAGACCGUAGUUCUAGGCUACCUGCUCAUUUCUUUAGCAUGUAGGAUCUUCAAUUAUCCUUUCAGUGGAAGAUUUAAUUGUGACAGAAUCUUUGGUGCAACUAGGUUUGCCCGGCGACUCUCCUAGUUUGUUGUGCACUACUGUGGAAUGAUACAAUUAUAAAAGAGCAGUAGAAUUUCCCAAGUUGAUUAAGUGUAAUGGAAAGGAUGGAAGCAAUUCCAUGAUGUGGCUUGUCUUUAAAUCA